GGCCGGGACCUCCGUGGAGUUUGGGACGGGAGCCUGCCCGCCGCAUGGGAGAGGAGCGGGCAGGGAGCAGGUCGCUCCCGGGGUGGUGAGGAAUUAGACUGGCCCCCGUUCCUGUAAAGAAGCAGGUGCCUCUGUAAUUAGCCUCUGUGAUUAAUUCCCGAUGUAGUGUUGGUGCAGAUUUAUUAUUUGAAUUGUUGAAGAUGUCGUCAGGCCUUACAGAGGAACAAAAGAGGAGAAUUGAAGAGAAUCGGCGGAUAGCUUUGGCUCGGAGAGCAGAGAGGCUGGCAGUCCAGAGAGCUGCGCAGGUGGGGAUUGCUGCACCUCAGGUGAAAGAACAGAGCCCAGGCAAUCAGGGAAACUCAAAGGAAGAAAACAACCAUGCCAGGUUCACCAGCCAGCACCAACAGAAUCCAAACAAUCCUGUGGAGCAGAAGAGCUAUCUUCAGAAAGGUUAUAACCAUUACACUGCAAACCAACAGAUGGCUGGUUCACAAAGGGAGCAGCAAAAGAAUUGUUCAGAGGACUCGGAACAAGCAAGUGGCCUUAAGCGUUUCCCUACAAUGAUCCCAAAUUCUCUGAGUUAUUCCCAUAAAUGUUACUUGGAUGCUGGUAGUCAGGAACAUGGACAACAAGCUUUAAUUAAUCUUGGGACCUUCCAGCAGUCCAAAUGCUACCCAGCUUUCAAAAACUCCACAGAAUCAUCUCAUCCUAGAUUAAUUGAUAACAUGCACCCUGACGAUAGUAAAAAUUUACAAAGUCUGAACAAAUCUGCCAUAAAAUGUGUUUUACCAUCAAGCAGUGCCGCCCCAAGUGAUUCAGAAAUGCUGAUAAACACAAGCAGACUGACAGAAAGAAGAGGGGAAGGUUUUGUCUCUCAGGCCAGUGGUAGGAUGCAGAAGCUGACCAACUCUGCUGGUGUGGACUCUACCUUUGAAACUGCCUCUGGCAAGAAAGCAAAUAAUGUUACAAAAGGAAAAUGUGUGAAAUAUGGGGAAGACAGAUUCCAGGUUGAAAUAGGGUAUAAUGCUGAACUUGUUACUGUGUUUAAGAAGGUACCAAGCAAAGCCUAUGAUCCUGCUAUGAAAAAAUGGAAUUUCAGCUUGGGAGAUUACCACAGUCUCAUGGAAGCAGCGAAUCAACUUUCAUCAGUAGUUCUGGAACCGCUGGAAGGAGAAAAUGCAGUUGGCUUGGCAUCAGGCUCUCAUUUCAUUGGCAGUGGGGUUGAUGUGAAAUCCCUCUUGAAGAUGUGUAAGAACUGGAAAAAACCCUCAGCCCUUGUCCAAGGGAAGUGUGUGCUGAUCUCGCGCUUGCGAUUUGAGGUUGAUAUUGGGUAUUCUGCAGAAGUGAUUGGAGUGUUCAAACAGAUGGAUUCCAGAAAUUAUGAUGUGAACACCAGAAAGUGGAAUUUCCUGCUGGAGGAUUACCCCAAACUAAUGGAAGUGUUACAGAGCCUCGUGUCAGUAGAAGUGGAGCCACUGCCCCAGGCAGUAAUACAGACCUUUGCUGCUCAGCUGCAGAGAUCCCCGUCACGCACAGACAUUCCUGAUGCCGACCUUUCAGUAGUGGACUCCAAAAUUGUGACGAGCCUCAUGCCCUUUCAGCGGGAAGGUGUGAAUUUCGCAAUUUUGAGAAAUGGACGUUUGCUCCUUGCGGAUGACAUGGGCUUGGGCAAGACCAUCCAGGCGAUCUGCAUUGCUGCCUAUUACCAAAAUGAAUGGCCCUUGCUGGUGGUGACUCCUUCUUCCGUGAGGUUUACAUGGGCAGAGGCGUUUCACAGGUGGCUUCCAUCCUUGAGUCCAGAUAGCACUAAUGUCAUAGUGACUGGCAAAGACAACCUAACAGGAAGCUUGAUCAACAUCAUCAGCUUUGACCUUCUCAGUAAGAUGGACAAGCAACUUAAGAGCACAUUCCAAGUAGUUAUUGUUGAUGAAUCUCAUUUCCUAAAGAACAUAAAAACUGCACGAUGCCGAGCUGCCAUGCCUCUACUCAAGGCUGCCAAGAGAGUGAUCCUGCUUUCAGGAACCCCUGCCAUGUCACGGCCUGUGGAGCUCUACACGCAGAUCGCGGCUGUCCAGCCAUCUUUUUUCCCCCAAUUCCACUCCUUUGGGCUGCGCUACUGUGAUGCCAGAAAGAUGCCAUGGGGUUGGGACUACUCUGGAUCAUCCAACUUAACUGAACUGAAAAUUUUGCUGGAAGAGUCCAUCAUGAUCCGACGUCUGAAAUCAGAUGUGCUUUCCCAGCUUCCAGCAAAGCAACGCAAAAUGGUUGUGGUGGCUCCUGAAGGCAUUAAUGCAAAGACCAAAGCUGUCUUGGAAGCUGAAGCAAAGAGGAUGGCCAAAGGAUAUAAAAGUAAACAACAAGAGAAGGAAGCUCUUCUUGUCUUCUUCAGCAGAACGGCAGAAGCUAAAAUCCGCUCAGUCAUAGAAUACAUCCUGGAGUUACUGGAAAGUGGGAAUAAUAAAUUCCUGGUGUUUGCUCAUCACAAGAUAAUGCUGGAUGCAGUUGUUGCAGAGCUGGAGAAGAAACAUGUUGAGUACAUUCGCAUCGACGGCUCCACAUCUUCAGUCGAGCGGCAGUCUCUGUGCCAAAAGUUCCAGUUCUCAGAGAAGCAGGUUGUGGCUGUCCUUUCCCUCACUGCUGCAAACAUGGGCCUUACGUUGUCUGCUGCAGACCUGGUGGUGUUUGCAGAGCUCUUCUGGAACCCAGGGAUUUUGAUCCAAGCAGAAGAUCGGGCACAUCGAAUUGGACAGACCAGCUCCGUUAAUGUUCACUACCUGGUGGCUAGAGGCACAGCAGAUGACUACUUAUGGCCAAUGAUUCAAGAGAAGAUCAAAGUGCUGGGCGAAGCUGGUCUUUCAGAAACCAAUUUCUCUGAAACAGCUGAGUCCACUAAUUACUGUCCUAAGCCUGAUCCAAAGCAGCAGACCAUCUAUGACCUUUUCCAGAGGACCUUCUCUGAGAGCAGAGAUGAUGCUGAUGAUGCUUUGCUUUUGGAGGCAGCUGAUGCUGGCUGUGAGUUUGACUCUGACAGUGUCUUGCAAGAUAAAGAAGCAAAAACAUAUUCAGUGAGUCCCAGAAAAAAGCAGCGUAUUGAGGAGUUUUUUAAAGUGUAAUGGUGACAGCAAAAGAGAUGGCAACUAAGAGAUCUUUUUUAAUUAAAAAAGAAAAACCAAAACCAAUCAAGUUUUAUUUUUCAGUUUUCAAAAAUAAAAGACUUUUAAGUUUUCUGUAUCUCUAGCAUGUUUCAUCUCAAACAAUGAGAAGGCAGUCUGACAGAUGUGCAGUGCACACCUGGCAGCCUGCAGGUUUUGCAGUUCAGGUUUGCUGAUGACUGAAUGGCCAUGGGCAAGUAGCAUGCUGCUGUGUUUCAGUAUGUUGGUUUCCACAGUUGUUUGGUUUAAAAAGCAGGUAACAGUUGUCUGUCCACAAGGCAGAACUAUUGUGAAAACCAACUCCUCAGCAGCUGUAGAGUGCUUUUAACAAUCAGUCUUCCAGCUCCAAGAGUUCUAGCCUGUGUUUACAUGAGUUGGUUCACCGGCAAACUUAGUUCCUACUUGGGUUGCUCACAAACUGGCUUUCUGAUAUUCCAUUUGGCCAUGAGGAAAAAAGAUCCAGACAGAUUUUGAUGUUUUGUGGACGUGGGGAAGACAAGGGAAAAGAGCAGUCGGUACCUUGAAACUAAGCAGUGUAACUGUGUGCCAGGAAGUGUGCAUUGCCUGAUAGGCACAUCUGCCUGAGCACUCUCAUCUCUGACCUCAUCUGCUGAAUCUUAAGAGCUGCUCCAUGGCGUGUGCUUCUUGUGUCAGUAGAGAAUAAAGCUUGUGCUAACUGCCAGGGAUUAAGUCUGGAGGGGGGGGGGGUGUUUUCUUCAAGACUCAAGACUAAUUUCUACAGGUGAGUGAGGAGAGGGGGACAUGUGCAGAGUUUUGCUCUUGUUUUGUAAGAUGCUGAUUCUGGACUAAACUGUUUAAAUAAAAAGUUUUUCUUAAA